AGUCGUGAGGAGAGAGAGAGAGAGAGAGAGAGAGUGUAGGAGCAUUUCAGUUGAGCCUAUUCUGCCCUGGUUCGUGUUUGCUGCGGUGACACGGUGCCGCUCUGAGUGAAGAUUGCGUUCAUAAUCACUUAUCGGGGGUGGAGUGGGGAAAGGAGAGUCAGGAAGUGAGGAUAUUUAUAUUAUUUGACAUAUUAUUUGAUAGCAUGUCAACUUUUGUGUGUGUGUGUGUGUGUGUGUGUGUGCGGGUGGGUGGGUGUUGGAUCAGUGACAGGUGGCGCUGGGGAGUUACCACGGCGAGCGGUUGGCUGGCUCCAGUGUUUUGGUCAGCACUGGUCAAUCUUGCCCUACACGCUCUAUUAACCAGUGUUUCCGUCUUCCUGACACCUUCUUCCUGCACCAAGCACCGUCAAGCAUCACCAGAGAGGCACGAGUACGUAAGCUAUCCAACAUCAGAACAGUAUAUGAAUAUGGCAAAUGCUGUUUUGACAUCAUUUCCUGCCAUCCUGAGAAACAGUGAUCUCGAGGAGCAUGAAUUGCAGCUGCAAUGGAAAUUGCACAUCCAGCGCAAGUUUCAGAAUUCAAGAAAGAGGCAGGAUUCCUCAGUGACUGAGGUGACGUCAAGGAAAAAGAAGAUCCCUUGCAUAGCGCCAAAAGAGACUACGUGUCCACUGAUGUGUGGAGUAAAGGCUUACCUUCCACCAAGGCCCCAUUCAGAAGAUGAUGAGUCAUUAGAGAGACAUAGACAGUGGCUUGCUCUACAUUGGAUGAAGAAAGAUCCCGAGUUAGAUAAGGCUGAACGCCUCAUGCAGUUGACACUCUCUGAGAGACGCAAAAAAAUAAUCAAUUGGAACAUUCUUGUAGCAGAAAUCCUGAACUUGUACCUGUGGAUUCAGACUCUUGAUGGCAUAAUCAAGGAGUUCCUGAGAUUAGAACCACAAGCGGAUGAACCAGACCCAAGAGUAGCAGUUUUGAAAGGGCUGGAGAAAUAUAGGCUCCCAAUAAUUGCCAUUCUCAAAAAAAGAAAAGCAGUUCCUCUGUAUAUGGAAACCUUACUUGAACUCUAUGACCACGAUGAAAGUCAAUGCGAAUGCUUGCUUAGUUAUAUUGGGGUUACUUCACCUGCUUGGAGAAAGGAAAGACUCCAUUUUUAGUACCAGAAGAAGAACUAAGAACAGGGCAGUCUAGUGUGUAUUUGAUGGUGCACCUGUAGCUGAACCAACAUGUAUUUCUAUGGCUGCAGUCUCAUUGGUAGCAGGGCUUUGUGUUUAAUAUUGAACACCCAAAAAAUUGUGAACAUUUCCUCCAUUUCACAACAUCCCAUCUCUUAGGUAUCAAGUAUGACAAAGGUAACACUUCAAAAACAAGAUCUCUACUUGUAAAACUCAAUGAAGUAAAGACAGAAUUGAGCUACAAAAAUGCAUAAAUCUGCUUCCAAAUAUAUUCAACUCCACACAUAAUGCCUCUCUCUCUCUCUCUCUCUCUCUCUCUCUCUCUCUCUCUCUCUCUCUCUCUCUCUCUCUCUCUCUCUCUCUCUCUCUCUCUCUCUCUCUCUCUCUCUCUCUCUCUCUCUCUCUCUCUCUCUCUCUCUCUCUCUCUCUCUCUCUCUCUGUCACACACACACACACACACACACACACACACACACACACUAGUCAAUUACUAGUUAAAUAUUAAUCAGUGAAAUAAAUACAUAACAUUAUGUUAAUAAGUUUUCUAAAAGGAAAAGGAAAUACUUGUACUUCCCCUUCCCCCAA